AUGUCCUUGCCUGAUGUCACACUCGAGCUCCACAUCUCCAUUACCGUCCACCUUCAUCUCAAACCCUCCUUCCUUGAAAUAUCUGGCCAAUCCAACAACGUCGUAGACUCCAUUCACUAUGGGCAUCUCACCAAAGCCGUCUCAGCGCUCUCGGCAUCUUAUACCGAUGUUCGUGCACUCGUGCAUGAGGUCACUCGAAAAGUGUUCGCUCUGGCUGCAGAGAAUGUGGACGCCGUGCGCGUCGUCAUCGGCCUUCCGAAACAGAUUUUACUUGCUAACGACAUUGAGGUUGAGGUAAUUACACCCGGAGGCAAAUACAGUUUGCAACAGGCUGCAAGGGUGUCUGUCAAAGACCUUGUGAUGCCCAUGCUGAUUGGCGUCAAUACCCCCGAACGCCUUGCAAAGUAGAAGGUGAUCACGAACAUCACAUUCUACAAGACAUCUGGUAUGCAUCCAACGGACUACCGUGCAAUCAUCAAACGGAUAUCAGAGGCACGCACUCUCUUUCUCCCGUCGCUUGCUGAAGAGCGGCGAUACUGAAUAUCACCAUGUCAGGAACUCGACAAUACGACAUACCU